AUGGAGGACUACGAUGAUAUGGGGUAUGGUAAUCCCACCCGCACUCCGUCCUCGCGCUCGAACAGUCGACCUCCGCAUCGCCCGCGUUGCCAAGCGCCCCAGGAAUCUGUCAAGCAGUUCUGGGAGCAGUUCAAUACUAAAUACCCUGGCAAGGUGUAUACCGUGCUGCCGGAUAACCCGUAUGCUCGUACACGGGCCAAGCGCGUGCCAAAUGGCGUCGUCCAGGGCCAGCAGGCUGUGAAAUCGUAUGAACAAGCCAAGCAGGAAUGUCAGAAGUCCGUGGACCGCAUUGUCAAGCAAUGUGAGCGAGUAAACCAGAAGUACACUGAUCCUCACUUUGAUAUUGAGCUGGAUCUCAAGUCAGGUCGGCGGCACUGUUUGGAUGGCCUUGACAAGGUCAAUGAGGAAAUGAGGCCGCGUGGUGUGAAACGAGUCACAGAAAUCUUCGAGAACCCACAAUUCUUCGUGAAUGGACCGACGGCGUCAGAUGUGCGUCAGGGUUGUGAUGGGGACUGCUGGCUCAUGGCCGCCUUGUGUACGAUGGGGAAUAAGAAGGGUUUGAUCGAAAAGAUGUGUGUUGCUCGGAAUGAGACGGUCGGCAUCUAUGGCUUUGUUUUCUAUCGUGAUGGCGAAUGGCAGCAAUAUAUUGUCGAUGACAAGCUUUAUCUGCGUGCGGCAGAUUAUGACGAGUCGGUUGAUGAGCGCCAAACCUGGGAUGACAUCAACCGCACCGACAGCGAAGAAGAGUAUCGUCGGGUCUGGCAAACUGGUUCGCGGGCCCUCUACUUUGCACAGUGUGUGGACCCAAAUGAGACCUGGCUGCCAUUGCUGGAAAAGGCAUUCGCCAAAGCCCAUGGUGACUAUUCGGCCAUUGAGGGUGGUUUCGUCGGAGAGGCCAUCGAGGACCUGACAGGAGGUGUCACAUCUGAGGUGCUAUCGAGUAACAUCCUGGACAAAGACCGCUUCUGGAAGGAGGAGCUCAUGAAAGUCAAUGAGGAGUUCCUGUUCGGUUGUGGCACAGGACUCUUCUCGAACUGGCUGGACCCCAUGUAUAAUGGACCUCCCCGAGAUCGAAAAGGAAUCACGGAGAAUCACUCAUACUCCAUCAUGGAGGCCCGUGAGAUCCAAGGACAUCGCCUGCUUCGGUUGAGGAACCCCUGGGGCAAGAAGGAGUGGCACGGUGCAUGGGGCGAUGGCUCCGAGCAGUGGACAGCGGAGUGGAUGAAGCUCCUCGGUCACAAGUUUGGCAAUGACGGCUUCUUCUGGAUCUCCUAUGCGGAUCUCUUACGGAAAUAUCAGCAUUUCGACCGGACCCGUCUCUUCGGACCCGAAUGGAUCAUAACUCAGCAAUGGACGACCUUGAAUGUGCCCUGGUCUGCCGACUAUCACAGUGCCAAGUUCAUCAUGAAUGUGACCCAGGCCGGUCCAGUGGUCAUCGUGCUAUCCCAGCUUGAUACUCGAUACUUCAAGGGGUUGGCAGGCGAAUAUAGCUUCGUUCUCAAGUUCCGUGUCCAGAAAGAAGGUGAAGAAGAUUACUUCGUGCGGAGCCAUAGUAGCCAUUUGAUGGGUCGAUCAGUGAAUGCCGAAAUCGAUCUUGACCCCGGUCGUUAUCAUGUAUUGAUGAAAGUUACUGCCUUUCGGGACGAAGCGGUUGAGUCGACCGAAGAGAUUGUCCGUCGUCUUGCCUCAAGCCGGCGGGAGAAACUCGUGCAGGUCGGGCUGUCGUACGACCUUGCGCAUGCCAAGGGGUUGGUGGCCGAGACCGACCAAGAGCGAUAUGAGAACGAAAGAAGAAAGGCUGCUGAGCGCAGAAAGAUCCGUGAUGAGACAAAGAGGAGGUUGCAGAAGGAAUGGAUCUGGAAUCGCAAAAUGGAUGCACGACAACAACGACAGGAAACCCGCCGUCUUGGCCAGGGGCCCCACGGCGCCGAGCGGACUUCAAUGCCUAAGCAAAUCUUGAGCGAGGGGCCCACAGAGUCACCCACUGAUAUCGCGAGUAUUUCUAGAGACGGUAGUGAACGACGCCCGACGAUGAACGGGUCAGUCCCAACCAUCCAGUUCAACGGUCUUCAUGCACGACACGCCAGCGGGUCUAGAAGACAGCGAACGGAGUCACCGCGCCCGAGCCUCAACGCGCGUCUUGCCAAUGAGACCUUGGACAGCAAUGACCUGGAGUGGCUGGAAGGGUUCGAGUUCGACAGCGACCUUGAUAUGCCGGCGGACGAGGCAGACAAUAAGCAGCCACAUAAAUUCCUUGACUUGGAAGGACCUGCGGACGAUCCUUGGAACGCCGUCUGCGUGGUUGGGCUGCGAGUCUACUCCAAGGAUUCCAAGCUCAGCUUAGAGGUGGCACACCCUGUUCCCGAGAAUGAAAUGGAGGCUGCUCUGGAUCGGGAUGAUCCUGCUGUGUCGGCAACCAUUGAGAAGAUGUUUUGGGGCACUCACAUUUAA